GCUUGUCAUUCCACCUCACCACACCCUAACAUCACGCACAGAGUGCACGUACAAGCACGCAUGCUUUUGCUGCGUUAGGGUCAGUGUCCUCAACAGAGAGGGUUGAAAUAGGAAGGAGCCGCCAAAACGUCCUGAGCAGGAAUUCUCUUCAUUUUUUUUUUUUUUUUCUCCACCCCCCCCCCCAACAGCAGCAAUUUUUCUUUGACAAGAUGUGCACUGGGACAUGUUCGCGUUGCAUUGCUGUGACUUUGUACCCUUUAGCACUCAUAUCCAUCAUCUGUAACAUAGUGUUGUUCUUUCCCAAUGGGGAAAUCAAGUAUGCAGAAGAUGGCCAUAUUACUGAAGAGGUGAAAUAUAUGGGAGGACUCAUCGGCGGGGGAGCAAUGGUGUUGCUGCCAGCACUUUACAUCCACUUGACUGGAAAACAAGGGUGCUGUGGAAAUCGCUGUGGGAUGUUCUUAUCAAUCGCAUUUGCUGCGGUGGGAGUGACCGGCGCGUUGUACAGUUUGAGCGUGGCCGCGCUCGCUUUGAAGAAUGGCCCCCUUUGUAAAGCCGUCGUGAUAUGGGGCACGCCUUUUAAAGACAGUGACCCGAGUUACCUGACUGACGACACGUGGUGGGGGACAUGCACAGAGCCGAAGAAAAUUGUUCAGUUCAACAUUGGCUUGUUUGGCACCCUGUUGGCCUGUAGCUGCCUGCAAGCGGUUCUGUGUGCCAUCCAGAUGAUCAACGGCCUCUUCGGCUGCCUGUGCGGAACCUGCGGCGGCAAAAGCGUCAUCUGAAUCCCGACGCGGACAGCUGCAGUGUGGCGACGUGUGAGCUGCCGAGCGACCCCUGCUGCCGCGUUACGUGCGCUUUAAACCGUUUCAAAUUCACACAUUUGUCUUACGUACAUUUCACUAAAUGUCUUGCUGAAUUUACACGUAUCGGAAAAACUUAGGGAUAGCUGGUUCUCCGAUAAAAUUGUAAGAUGAAUCCAAAAUUCCCUAUAAUCUUCUAAAAAUCAAGUAUAACGUUCAAUGCCUCACAUUCAUUAUAAGAACGUUGAAUACAUGCUAUACACUCAGCAUUAUAUUUCCCAUAACUGCAAUAUGAAUUAUACUUUACAGUACAAAUCUGUUGAUGCUAAAAUGAAACACAGGAAAAAUAAGAUGAUUCAGUGAAAACUUUAAUCUGGAUUUUAGAACUACAAUGUCAAGGUUGUUAAAUAUACCACGAUGUUUAGAGUUCAAUGGUUGGCGUUUUCUUAAUAAAACACAUUUCUAUUACCAUG